GAGCCUGCACGUUUCGUCACGAUCCACGUUCUUCGCAGCAGCCACUCAUCGGGGAUCUCUGCAGGUUUCCAUUUAUCAUGAUUUUGACAUUUGAAGUGUUGGCAGUACUCGAUCAUACCCGGUCGAUGGUUGACAAUUCCGAAUUAAGUGUCACGAUUGAAGAUGACCUCGUUCAAUAUCUAUAUCGAUAGAGUUGAGCUUCGCCAACGCAUUUUGUAUUACUAUGCGCAAAGCAAGAGUCCUGUAAAAACUACAAGACGGAUUUGGGGGGGAGUAUGGAAGGAAUGUUCUGCCUUUUAGUGUCUGUAAAAUGUGGUUUAACAAGUUUGAGUCGCAUAAAUAUAAUCUCAAAUCAAGUGAUGCAACUAGAAGCGAACUGAAAGCAUUGCUCAACGAAAACUCGUCACUAUCACAAACGCAGCUUGCAUGGAAACUUGGCAUUUCUAAAGCAACAGUACAGCGGCAUUUGAAAGCAAGAAAAGAGAACCGGCAGAUAGAAAGACAAGUUACAACUAGAAGCAAAGUGGAAGCAUUGUACAAGGAGAACCCGUCCCAAACAAACCAGGAGAUUGCAGACAGGCUUGGAAUUACUCAAAAAACAGUAUGGCAGCAUUUGAAAGUAAUAAAAGAGAACCGGCAGAUAGAAAGACAAGUUACAACUAGAAGUAAAGUGGAAGCAUUGUACAAGGAGAACCCAUCCCAAACACACCAGGAGAUCGCAGACAGGCUUGGAAUUUAUCAACAAAUAGUAUCGUAUCAUUUGAAAGGAAUAAAAAAGAACCGGCAGAUAAAAAGACAAGGUACAACUGGAAGCAAAGUGGAAGCAUUGUAUAAAAAGGACCCGUCCCAAACACAACAGAAGAUUGCAGAGCGGCUUGGAAUUACUCAACAAACAGUACGGUAUCAUUUGAAAGGAAUAAAAGAGAACCAGGAGUAAGAAAGACAAGUUGAUAAACAGUGAAUAUGGAUGUAACGAUAUCGGACUCGGAUACAGACUAUAAUGAAGAGGAUAAUACUCUCGUUGCGGCAUGCACGUGACAAAGUGCUCACAUCAUAAGUACAGUGAGCGACUGCUUCCUUUUUACUCGGAGAUUUGCGGCACUUGUCAGCAACGCUUGAAUAAAGUAACAAACUGUUAGCGUAAUAUAAUUUUUGUAACAUUCGGAAAAGUUAGGAGAAUGUACAUGUCUUUGCUAUUUAUUAUUAGGAAAGUUUAAUUAAUGGCAUAUAUUUUCUGACAACCUUAACUAUCGGUUUCUCAUCAAGAUGUAGUUCUUCGCGAAUGAACGUUUAAUCAUUAACGUGCUUUUAACAACAAAAGUAAAUAGUAUCAGAAAGGAUAGCUUUAAUCACUCGUUUAAGAUGUAUUGUAACAAUGGAAUAAUGUUAAACCUAAUCUAAGUAUGCAACUCGCGACUAUACCUAUUUAUUACUCUUUCUUGAUACGAUCGUGAUCCGUUGACUGUAGAUAUUGAGACAAAGAUACUUGUCACUAGUCUUUCAGUCAAGCUCGUGAAGAAUCAUGGAAUGUAUAUCGAUUUAUAUCGUAUUGGCAAACGUGGUCAUGCAGUGACAGCAUUCCUUGCAGAAGGAAUCCUUUCAUCCGAGGAUGAAUAGAUUUCCGCCAGUUAAGAUAUAUAUUUCGGAAUAAUUAUUCUUUGUUUUUUGCUGUUGAAAGUUCGGGUUUAUCAAAUGGAUUAAAUGAAUACAAAUGUUCGGGACUAAAAUUGUAAGUAGGUGACGUGAUUAUAUUUGUAAUGUAAUGUUGUGUCUCUUCUCUGACUUUGCUUGAUUCAGAUCAAUUUUAAUUUUUUAUUAAAAUGUUUAUUGUACAAUAUUA